AUGGUUGAGACGAAAGAAUUUGCGAUAAAUGUUUUAAGUACAGUUGUAGCACUCAUUGUAUUCAUUGCUAAGAAGAGUAUUGACUGGACAGAGUUCGCUUACAAGACAUAUCCAGAGGCUACAACAUGUGCAUUCGCUUUUAUUCUUAUCUAUUGCUUUUACAAGGCAAGUAUUCGUAUGGUCAAGUUUUGGGUUAGAAUGGUAUUUCUGACCAUAAAGUUGUUAUUAAUACUUGUUACUGUAAUAGCUGGCCUCUUGAUUUAUAUGAGAGGAUGGAAAUUCAUGCAACAAGAUCUUCCACUCGUGGCUCAAAUAACGAGCAAUUACUUUAAAGGAAAAGAAGAUGGACGACUGAUUUGGAGUCUUCCAUUUCAAAAUUCACUCUUUGGUUCAUUUGGUGCGCCCAAUGACUUCAAAAGCGCUUCGAAUAAAAUACUAAACGAUUAUGGAAUUGAAAUCGAUACAUCUUAUUUAGAAUAUAUGAAACGUUUUAAUGAAGAAGAAGAGUCUGAUUAUGACAAGAUAAAUGAUUAUUUUAAUGAGGGCCUUGAGUCGUUGGAAGAUUUUAUCGAUACACACGGGUCAAAGUUACAAGAUUUUGGGAAACGUUUAUUUGGCAAUCUCUAA